UGGGUUUUGUUUUAAUGACGUUACCAUAACAACCACAAAGGCGUUAGUCUGAAAACUACAGCAGUUUCCAGGGUACCCCAGAGGAUUUACCCUGCAGAGAUAACAUGGCAAAAACUCCAUUAAGUGAUUCGGAAUUCGAGCGUCUAAGAAGAGCACUUAUAUCAGAAACAACAAGUAUCGCAGAUAAAUUUGAUAAAUUGUAUUACUCUAAAGGAUAUUUUACUGGGGUACAGGCAGCUGCAAUUUUAGCCUGUUACAAAACAGCUCCAGAAAGAGUUCAAGUGAUAAAAGCUUUAAAAAAAAGAUUGUGUCGCAUGACAUGUGCUGAAGCAGCUGAAAUACUAAAGGUUAUGCAGCUAACUAAUCACGAUAGAAUAUUUGCACUGGAUUGUGUUAAGCACACACUGAUUGAUCAUGAAACAACAGAAGGAAUUGAAUACAUAUUGAAAGCAUUCAUUUAUGAAAGCGAUAAAAUGAAAGCAUUACACAUAUUGUCUACUGUUAGUAUGUAUGUUAGCAGAGAACUUGCAAGUGGUGGACAUCAGAUGUAUGCACCAUUUGGUGGCCUGUAUACUCAAUCCUUCCCCGGACGCGAAACACUUUACGGGCCUAUCAGUGAGCAGUUAGCUAUAAAAAAUCAUGAGGUUAAACCUUCACUGCCUGUGACCGCACGUACAAAUCUCCCAGAGUCAAUAUUUCGUGCAGCACCAUCGUACGCAUAUAUUGGUGAUGAUAAUCGUUCAUGGUAUCUAGGUGGAGGUAGACCACCACUUCCACCACCAAUAUCCGACAGUGUUAUAACUGGUCCACCGAAGUUGUUAGGUGAAACCAGAGAAGAUUUCAUUCAGAACGCAUCAGUUUAUCCAGGUGACGAUCCGUGCCUAAGUAUUAAUCAAGUUGCACCAGAGCCUAUUGGAUAUCCGACAAUUCACAAACAUCAAGAAACUGAUUGUUGUUAAACUAUGUUAAUAAAUAGACAGACAUGGUAUUCUGAGUCUUGAAAUCCUGCCCACUGAUACUAUUAUUUUUUUCAAUUCACAACCAUGUUUUAUUUAUUUUGUUAUGAUUUCAACUUUAUUCUGAUAUAUUUUCUUAGUUACGCAAACUCAUAAAUUAUGUGUUAAAGUCAAUACAAACAAAAGUACAGAGGACAGACUCAGAAGAGAAAAUAAAUAAAAGUUUUCUCAGUAAAAAACAACUCUUGAGAAAUUUACUUAUUAAAGUGUCUUAUCACUUAAGGAUUUGAAGAGUUAUCUAUCUUUCAUCACAAAAUAAAUAAAAAUA